AAUGGAAGUGAAAAGGCCGACAGGCAGAGUUGGGUUAUGGGUUACAUCGGGCCUCAGUUACUGGGCCCUUCUGAAGAAACGCUGAGUAACAAAAUAAAUGCAAAUAGCGUUUCUUUUUCAUCAUUAACCUAGGUUUUUGGUGUUAUGAGUAGUCUCAGGGAGUGUCUGCCUAGGAACGCGCCAGGUUGAGGAUAGACUGGACAUGGGCAGCAGGAAGAUGCUGUUGAGCUCUCAGUCAUGAGGUACUUUGCCCCAUUAUCUGCUGCCGUUAGCACGGACGAGGUGAAAAGCAAAGGCCUUCUUCCAAGAUCCUCUGUCUGUCAGAAAAUCGUUGAGCUGCUGGGACAGAAUAAGGUGGACCAGCAGCAGAGACAGGUGGUGAUCCUGAGCCAGGACAGUUUCUAUAAGGUGCUGACUGCAGAACAAAAAGCCAAGGCCAGUAAAGGGCAGUAUAACUUCGACCAUCCAGAUGCUUUUGACAAUGAAUUGAUUCUUCACACCUUGAAAGAUAUCAUCAAUGGCAAGACAGUCUCAAUUCCUGUCUAUGAUUUUAUUAAACACUCUCGAAAGUCUGAGAUGGUGAAGGUAUAUCCAGCGGAUGUGGUCCUCUUCGAGGGAAUCCUGGUUUUUUAUUCCCAAGAGAUUAGGGAUUUGUUCCAAAUGAAACUUUUUGUGGACACAGAUGCAGAUACCCGGCUAUCCCGAAGAGUGUUAAGAGACAUCAAUGAGAGAGGGAGGGACCUGGAGCAAAUUCUGACACAGUACACCACCUUUGUAAAACCAGCCUUCGAGGAGUUCUGUCUUCCGACCAAGAAAUAUGCAGAUGUCAUCAUUCCCAGAGGAGUGGAAAAUUUGGUUGCCAUAAACUUGAUUGUGCAGCAUAUUCAAGACAUCCUAACUGGUGGUCUGACCAAACGCAAUAGCUGUGUGAAUGGACACACUGUGCCCCGAAUUCGACAUACAUCAGAGUCUAGCUCACGCCCACAUUGACCCUAAAAACAGACAGGGGCAGGGUCAGUAUUAUUCAGCCCCUGGGUCAUAGGUGGACUAAGUGUGUGGAUGACCAAGCUUCUUCAUCUUCGUCUUCUUACAGACUCAUUUAACGAUGGGCCAAUGGUUCUGUCGCACCAUAUGCAUCUGAUGGAAUUGAGUUUUACGGGCCUGUGUCCUUUUGUAAUGUUUCAGUAUGUACCCAGAGUCAAGGCUGUCUGUCUCUGACAUCAGUGAGUGGAUAUUGGUCCCAUGAUUGUGCUACGUUUUGUGCUUCCUGCUAUUCUUUUCCCUUGUGUGAUUUGGGAUUGGUAAGUGGGACGUCUUGCAAAGCGACCCCCUCUCCUCCCUGACCCACAUUGGUUGUGAUUUUUGAUAUCCCCUUCCCUUGUACUGGAUUGAUUACCAUUGCCUACUUUCCUCUGAGUAACUCCAAGAUCUCAUCCUGAAGGUGGCUGUACAUUAAUUUCUCCCUCAUGCUGUGUGGUUGAGAAUCAGCAUUGUGGUCACAGCUUUUGUUCAUUUUCAAUUCUGAAAUGAUGUCAGUAUUCCCUUGGAAACUUGUCUGAGCUGCUGUAAUCUGUACAGCAAGGAUAUUACUUUGUCAGUGUCUUUGUCAGUGAAUUCUGUGCAUGACCUGAUUUCAUCCUUUUUUUUUUGUUGGCUGAUUUCACUACCGGGAUGCUCUAAAUACUCUUGUCUUGUCUUAUAUGUGGUGCCUACAACUAUAGUGUCACUGCCAAGUGAAGUUUAUACCUUUUUAAUCCACUUUUUAUUUAUGCUUAAAAGCCCCAAUAUUGACAUCAAGAAAUAUGAUUUCAUUAGUGAUUACAUUAUUGGAGUGAAUUAUUGGGAUGCCCUAAAGUUGUGAUUGGCACCACUUAUAAAUACCAGCCUUUUCUCAAUGAUACUACUGACCAGCAAGUCAGGAAGAGGAGGAGCCCAGUCUACAGUUCAAUGAGAUCAUAGCUGAUCUACACCAUGACUCCAUAAUCCUUCAGACUCUUGAUAGCAAAUAUUCAUGAUCUCUAAUUUAAAAAUUGAUAUUUCCACUCACCUCUCCUACUUUUAUGUGAAAGAGUUUCAUUUUUUUAUUAUCUGUAGAAGUGUUUCAUAACUUUUUCUCUUCUAUGAAUGAAUGAUCUGGUUUUGACUUUUUUCAGGUUAUGUCUCCUUGUCGUGGCUUUGUUAGUACAAAGCAUUUACUUUUGUCUAGCCUGUCAAAUGUUGUCAAAUUUUCCUAGUCAGAAAUAAACCCUUUGGUCUAACCAAUCCAUGGUGGUCAUAAUCCCAAACUAAACUAGUCCUACCUGCCAACACUUGGCCCAUAUCCCUCCACACAUUUCUUUUUCAUGUACUUGUAUAAGUGCCUUUUUAAAUGUUGUAACUGUACCCACAUCCAUCACUUCCUCAGGAAGUUCAUUCCACACACGAGCCACUGUUUGUUUAAAAAAAAACAAAAAAUUGCCCCAAAUGUAUUAUUUUAUCCCUUCCCCCCCCCCUCCCCUUCUCCCCUUUUUAAAAAUAUGGCCCCUAACCUUGAUCUCCCACCCCAAGGAAAAGACACCUGUUUUUAGAAACUUCUGAAUUCCAUGGAAUGCAAGCCUUUUUUUAAUUGUAAUUCCCUAUCAUCUAACCCUUUAAAGUCUAACAUCAUUCUGCUCAAUCUGUGCUAUUGUAUCCUUUUUUUUGGGGGGGGGGGGAGAGCGUGUGACAGACUUGUCUUCUCUGACAAAUUCCAGCACCACCAUUCCCCCACUCACAUUCAAUCUCUCCCAGUGCUUUGGGUGUGCUGAGUAUCUUUUAAUUUCACUUGGUGUACCUUCGCUCACCCAAAAGGCUGUUAAUUGAGUUAGGUCUACUCAGUAUGGAAGAGAUCAUGGUUGAUCCUCAGCCACUUAUCACCAAGGCCCAUUGAACAGUAGGCAGGAGCAUUUGCUGAUUUACAUUUUCCUGAUCCAAGACUGCUCAGAUGUUUAUGAUUCCAGGUGCUCAAUGUAGUCAUUAAAUAAAAAGUAGCUAUUUUUGAUCAUA